AUGACCACCGCCUCCUGCACCACCCACUGCCUGGCCAUUCGCGGAGCGCAGAUGGUCGGCGCAGCAGCAGGCGGCUUCGGCAGCCUGGUGGGGGUGGGCGGCGGCGUGCUGAUCGUGCCGGCCAUCGUCAACGCCUGCCCCUCCAUCCCCCAGCGCGUGAUCAGCGGCACAUCCCUCGCCGCCGUUGUGGCCACGGGCUCCACCGCGGGCGCGGUGUACCUCGGCUCGGGCCUGGUGGACGCCACCAGCGCCCUGCUCAUCGCCGGCGGCGCCGUGCUCACCGCCCCGCUGGGGGCGCGCUACACAGCGCGCCUCAACUGUGAGGCGCUGCGCAAGGCCCUGGGCUGGUGGCUGAUCGGCGUCGCACCCCUGGUGCCCGCGAAGGCCCUCUUCUUCUCCUCACCAGACGUGACCGCUGAGCCGGCGCCGGCCGAUGCGCAGCUGAGCCCAGUCCCUGGGGCCGUUGGCAUUGUCGGCAGCGCCCCAGAGGCGGGGGCCGUUGCGGUGGCGGCGCUGGCCCCUGCAGCGGCCGGCAGCGAGCCGGCAACGGCCGCGAGGGAGCUGGCGCUGCGGCCGCUGCGGCCGGCGGAUGCGCUGACCGCGGCCACCGGCUGCUUGGCAGGCUUUGCGAGUGGCCUGCUGGGCAUCGGCGGCGGCACGGUUGUGACCCCAGCGCUGGCUGUUGUCACCGGCAUGCCACAGACGGUCGUGCUGGGCACCAGCCUGGUGGCCAUGAUUCCCCCCUCAGUGGUGGGCCUGCUGCAGCACAGCCGCCUGGGCAACGUCGACUGGCGCAUGGGCGCGAUGCUGGCCGUCGGCACGAGCUGCGGCAGCUAUAUCGGCAGCCAAGCCGCGCUCGCGGCGCCGCCAGGCGUGCUGGAGGCGGUGUUUGCGGUUGGGAUGGUGUUUCUGGGGCGCAAGACGCUCGGCGCCGCCGCGAAGGCGGCGCGGGCCGCAAAGGACGCCGCGGCGGCAAGGGCGGCGGCGGCCGCGAAUGGCGCCGCCAGGGUGCCUGGGCCUUGA